UCAUUUUCAGAUAAAAAUGGAGCUUCCGUUCGAACUUCUAGACCAGACACAGCUUGAUGCUGAGAGAGCUAAAUUAAACAAAAAUAUUCAGGACUUGAAUUCUAAAUCUGAAGACAAUGAAGUUCUCAAGAAUAUAAUGAUUGAUCUUCUUAAACUCCAGUUCAGUUUGGAGGACAACUUACUCCUCAUGAAACAGUUAAACUGUUUUCCAACUGAGAAUGAGAAGAAGGAUGUAAUUGUUAAUGCUGGGCGCCUCCAAAUUGCUCUGAUCAGUUCAGUAAAUCAGCUGGGAUUUCAAUGGAUGAGUCACUGCCCCCUUUUCUCAAGUUCAGACACAGGGAAGAAAACAAGUUUUGACGUUCCUUUAUUGCACGAUCAAACUCUUUCCUGUCUGGAAAUAAAAUUUGAUGUGGAUGAAAUGGAUAAUCCUGAGGAAAAUAACCUUCCGCUUGAUUCUAAAAUUUCUAAAAAGGAAACGAAACAAUACACAUUGAAUUUGUAUUCAACAGAAUUACCUCCUAGAUAUCCAAAGAGUAGUGCCGGAACUACUGUGAAAGACGAGGAAACAGAUAUGAAAGGUUCUUGGUAUCGUUGUUACAAUUGUGAGUAUGUAGCACCAAGCGAAGUAGGUCUUAUUAGACACAAAAAUAGGAAGCAUAACAAUCUGAAGACCGUUCAUCGCUGUGAACCUUGUAACAUCUCAUAUAAAGACAGACAUGGUCUAAGAAGACAUCAGAGAGAAAUCCAUGGACGGUUUAAAUAUUCUUGUACACUCUGCUCUUAUCUUGGAACCAAAGCAAAAUUCACAAUUCAUCUGAAGAAAUCUCACCCUGACAAAAAUCAAUCUGUUGAAGAAUGUGGAACUCUCAUGGAAACACAUGAGGAUGAGAAAGGUCGAAAGAAAACAAACCGGUUAUGUAAGCAAUGUGAUUUCGUAACAGAUUCCAUAUUAACCCUGAGAAAACACAUGCGUAAGUUUCAUUUUACUGAGGCAAAAUGUGAUCAGUGUGAUUAUGUUGGAAAAUCAGAUUCACUACUAAAGAUUCAUCAAAAGAAAUGGCAUUCAGGAGUUCAAUUUCUUUGUGAUCAGUGCAAUUAUGUUGGGAAAUCUAAAGCACUUCUGAUGUCACAUGUUAACGGAAUUCAUGAUCCUAAAACAUUUAUGUGUGACAAAUGUGAGUAUGUUACUACCUGGCCAGGAGCACUACAAAAGCACAUCAACUUUAAACACAAUGGAGUUAACUUCCCAUGUGAUCAGUGUAACUAUGUAGGAGGAAAUAUGAAUACUCUGAAGCGUCACAUAACUACUCAACAUGAACCACCUUCGUUGUUUUGCAAGUUGUGUGAUUAUGCUGCAGCUAUCCCCAAGCAUUUAAAAGCCCACAUUGAAAGUGCUCAUGAGAAGAUAAGAUAUCCCUGUAAUUUAUGUGAUCAUGCAUCAACCUCCUCUAGUAAUUUAAGACAGCACAAAAGGCGUGUUCAUAAAUUGAAACCAGAAGAAAUGUGUGACUAAGAGUCUCCCAAUUUAUUUAUAAUG